AUGGACAUAUACAGAUACAUAACAAUAGUAACAGUUGGGUUAUUAAGUUGGUUAGGUUUAGGUAAACAUACUACAUCAGCCCAAGACUCGAAUGACCCUUAUCAGAGUUGCGCUCACGUUAAUAACAACACUCUGCUUUUUGAUCGUGAAAUUAGAAGCCUUGAUGCCAUAGACUGUGACAAUCGCCUGCGGAAUGGGACUAAAACCAGUAUACAAGACGUUAAGACGUCACAGCAAGAAGAAUGGAUGGAAAGUUUCCGAACUCCAAACCCUAAUACCAAUGAUACGAAGCCGUGGACUUCUCUAUACCAAAACUGCCCGCAGACGAGUUACCCUAACAACUCCACAUGCAAAUACGAUAUCGAGCUUCGUAGUAUGAUGGAUGGUUUCAGUACUGUAACACAGAACAUUCAACGUCUCAGACCUUUGAUAAGAGAACUUAUUAAUAAGAUUGACAAAACGCUUGAAUCUGAUACAGCGGAAUCCCUCUAUGCCUCUCUUUCCGACGAGGAUGUCAAAACUACCAUAGGGUGGAUGGAGAGUGAACUAAAUGAAGCCGACCCAAAUCUCUUACAUUCCCUUAUUAUGCCUCCGCGCCAGCCUAGCGAGAGUAUUGAGCAGUUAUGGCCUGUUGCUAGGGAAAGUACAAUUCAGACAUGGAAAGAUCACAUUCUCGAUGCUUCUUCUAGCACUCCUGUAGACAUAAGCUCGAGCAACCAAUGCACCUACCGCCAGCUUUAUCACUAUCUACAUGCUUUCAUAAGAACACAAACCGCCGUGACUGAUCUAUUGAGGUUUCAAACUUCUCCAAUGGGAUUGUAUUACGAGUUAAAUGUUACUGGUAAUACUAUGGCCGUGCCAUUGGAUGAGUUUACAAAGCUUAAUGUUAUUCAGCUCUUUAAAACCAAGACUUCUAAAGAUAUCAUCAAGGAACUAAGCAAGUAUACAAAGAGCCAGUUCGAUGAUAUCUAUACAAAUUCCACGCGCAAGGCCGACCAUAAGUUAUUAACUAUUAAGUCUACACUUGAAUCCCUUAAAGACGGUAAGUAUUACAAAGAUAAGACAUCUGAUAGUGACAGCUUGCGGGUGUUUUUCAAUGCGAUUGAAAGUCAUCUAACAAAUAUAACAACAAGCCUUGAGCACACAACCUUUAUGUCCAACAAUGACACUUUAACAACUAAUUGGCCGUCUGCAACAAACUUAAGGCAAUGUGUUAUGGCCCUCGAGACUAUGCAAAUCCCCCAACCUAACCCUCCUAACCCCCCACCUGCCCAGAAUGGCGCAACCGGUUCUACUAAGGAUGCCACAAAGAAAAUGGAUGACAAUGAUGACUCAAAUAAAACGGAUGGCAAGGAUGCCACGAAGAAAAUGGAUGACAAUGAUGACUCAAAUAAAACGGAUGGCAAGGAUGCCACAAAGAAAAUGGAUGACAAUGAUGACUCAAAUAAAACGGGUGGCAAGGAUCCUAACCCUCCUAACCCCCCGCCUGCCCCUACUAAUAACAACACCAGCCCACCCUCAACAACACUUAGCCCUAUACCCCCCACCACCCAAGCUAAUCCUACACCCCCCACCACCCAAGCUAAUCCUAUAUCCCCCACCACCCAAGCUAAUCCUACACCUUUCACCAAAAAGCCAAGCAACCCGAUGAUCAAUACGCCUCCCCCCAAUGACCAUAAACUAACCCCUAAGCCUAUACAAAAUCAUGCCCAAAGCAUCUUUUCACCUAUUCAAGUUGUCUAUUCUCUACUAGCAGCUGCUAGUCUUAGUAUUGUUAGCAUCUGGUCCCAUUAA